ACAAGAUUGAAAAAAGACUGACACAGUCUUGCAAAACGUCGAGUAUUUGUUGUAGGUAUACAUAGAUAUUCUUGGUCUCGGUACCUUAUUGGACUUGCUGAAAUAUUGUAUUUAUCAUUAUUAGGAAGCAUAGUUAAUUAGUAAAAGUGCAGAAAAUGGCCGCCAUUAACUACAAUAGCAUCUCCGAGCUACAUCCCAAACUGUCUCACCCUAAAGUGGUUGGCAUCAUCAUAGGAAAAAGUGAUGUUAAGAGCUUCCCUGACAGAAAAAAUGCUGGUGUGGACAGAUACACUUUUGGCUUCACCGUAAAGGACUCUCCAGACUUCUUUAUCAACGUGUCGGCCUGGGGAAAUGAUGGCUACAUCAACGGGCUGUCCAACAGUUUCAAUAUCGGUGAUGUUGUCACUAUUGACAAUCCAUUAGUGUCCACCAAAGAUCCAGAAAGGGAGGAAAAAUUCUGUCCUACAACACCAAGUCCCUACAAGCUGAUGCUGGCAGAAGCUCAUUCCCAAGUGUGUCUGUGUGUCGACAUGGACACCAGCGACAGCUUGCUGCCACUGAUUCACAUGCCAGUCAAGGAGUCUCGAGAUUUCUACCCUCUGGGAGACGUUGUGGCCAACGGGCAGAGUCUGGACGGAUCAUUUAUAAACAUACUCGCUGCCGUGAAAGCAAUUGGAGAGAUGAAACUUUUCAAGAAAUCAGAUGGACGCCAGGGACAGAGGCUGGAAGUGAAGCUUUUUGAUGAGUUGGUCUCCUCAUUCCCUCUCGUCUGUUGGGACAGAGAAGCCAUUCAGCUUGUUCAGACUUCAGUGCCCAAAGGGACUGUGAUCUUUAUAGCGGAUACAAAGAUUAACUUUGACAGAUUCCGCAACGGAAUGGCCGCAACAGUCAACUCCAAAACCAUUAUCACUGUCAAUCCUGACACGCAAGAGGCCGGCCUGCUGUGCAGAUAUGCUAAAGAGAUGUUGGAAUCCGGUGCUCUGGAACAAGACAAGCCAGACGAUGUGCCAGUGGAGUCAAUCACUGCAGUGUACACGGUUGGUCAGCUGAAGGAAAAAGGCCAGGAAAUUGCGCAGGCUUCCUACGGCAUUAUAUACAGCUUCUUCUCCAAGCUCGAUCUGGAUUCCAGUGUUUCUAAAGUCAUCAAGACUCGCUGCGCCAAGUGUAAGUUCCAGGUGACUGAGGGCAUGCAGUAUUGCACCAACCAGUUGUGUCCAGGGAGGGGUCAAGUCUUUUCAUCCACCACUGGCUUUGACCUGCUGGUUGACCUCACAGACCACACAGGCACCCUGCACGCCUGCACCCUCAGAAGCCCAGUGGCUGAGGCCUUGCUGGGCUGCAGUACAGAGCAGUUUACUCAUUUGACCGAUAAUGAACGAACAGCAAUGAAGUGGAAUUUUCUGUUGGAGAGAUGCAAAAUAUAUGUGAAGAUCAUCGCCUCCACGAGGACAAAGAGUGGAGUCCGUGCGGUGAUCCUGGCCUGCUCACUGGCUGACCCGGGUGAGGUGAAGCAGCACAUGUCAGUCCUGCUAAAGGAGGACUGAGGACCUCAACGCAAAACUCACAGUCUAUUGUUCAUCUGUUCCAAGCGUUACACAGAAGCUAUAAGCAUUAUACAGAAGCAAUGAGAGUUUGUGUUUAUAUAGUUCUU